AUGGCCUACGUACCGUUACUGACUCAGGGUGAAGAUCAGUCUUCAUUCAUGCCAUCGGCUGGAGCCGCUGGUCCUGAUAGGGAGUUAGAAUCUAUUGCUGCGGGUAAUGACUGUUCUUCCCUUUGCUUCACAGGCUUGUCAAAGGCCACCAGAAUUCGGGGCCAGGAAACUGCCGAGGCCUCAGCUGAUGAGCAGGAUAUCGAAGCUCCCGAUCAGGGAGACCUAGUUGUAAGGAGGAAAAGAAAAUCCUCCGAAUCAUUUCGAGCUCCGUCCCAGGCUAAGAAAAGAUCGAGGGACGUCACUCGAGAGACCUCGUCGGAAGAUAUCUCGGCCCGUGCUUUGGAUGCUGAGGUCGUUGGUCAAUUAUUGGACCAUUCAGACGACGAUGAUCAGGUUUUGGGUGGGCAUCGUCUUAUUGACGAGCUCCUCGAGCAUGAUUUAACUGGUUCUGUUGCAAUUACUCCACCGUUGGUGGAAAGUUCAAGUCGAAUCCCGAGUGAUAUCUCGAAGUCGACGGAUGCCGGGAUCUCCGGGUCGAAAGUUGGGGUCUCUGAUCAUACUUCUACCCGAAGUGCUGAAAAAUUGCCAGCCGCAGCUGCUGGAUCGAGGGCAACUUCAUCGGUAUCAGGCUCUAAGGAUUCUCCGCCGCCAUUGGUGGAUAUUCCUGCCGAUGAUGAAAAAGCCAAAGGCGAGGUGACCGAGCAAAGGGCGGCCGGUCAUGGGGAUUACGAAAUACCCGCUCCGGGUAUGUCGGGUUUCGAGCAUUUGCCCAUCCCUGUAGCGGAGCGUUUCGGGGUUAAUUCUGGUCCCCGGUUGGAGAAAUCGUUUCCUGCCCCUAGUGUCGACCCGAGUCGGAAGAGGCUAAUUACUUUUAAGGUGUCGGCCGAUAUGAACAUGUUAUCGGGUCCUGUUGGGGUAUCCAGCUAUCUGUAUCCUUUGGUGUCCCAAGAGGACCGUAAGAAAAUGGCCGAAGUUGACGAAUCGUGCCUUUUCAACGAGGCUCAGCAUGCAUUGAAUCGGGCCUCCGUGCUUCACCAUGCAAGCUUCCACCGGCUUAGGCAUGAAGUGGGUCGACUCAAGGAGGAGCUCGAAAGUAAGAGUCAGGAGGUGGACGAGCUCAUGGCUCUAUAUGAAAAGAAAUUGCAAUAUAUCUCGUCUCUCCCUGAUCUCUCCAUCCUUAAAUCGGAUUUAGCAGCGGCUCGAAGCGAAGCUGCCGAAGCCAAACGGGAACGUGACCAGUUGGCAGAGAAGGUAAAGGCUUUCGAAGUUUACAAUAAAUCUUUAAUAGCCGAUGCUAAUGCCUUUGCUUCUCAGGCCCGAGCUUAUGUUAGCCAGAUCGAUCAACUCCGGGCAGAGCUUGAUGGGAUCAAACCCGAGUUUGAUUCCCUCCACGAAACAACCGUCGGUGCUGUGGCCGAACGUGAUGUUCUCCGGGAGCAGCUUCGGUCGUCGGAGGAACAAAUGAACAGCCUUAGCGCAUCACUUGCUGCGGCCGAAGUGGAAAGGGAUCGAUUGAGCCAGGUCAUCACCGAUCUGCAAGCUGAGCAUGGAAAGGCUCUCGAUCAGAUCUCGGGUUAUGAUGACAUGUUAGAGCAGUACAAGGCCGAUGUGACUGCUGCCGAAAAGGCCAGUAACCUUAGAGCUGAGUACGAGCGGUGUUUGUCUCGAAGGAAGACCCUCGAAGAAGUUCAAGCCACUGGUGUGGACUUAUCAAAUUUGAUCGAGGAAGCAAAAGAGCUUGAAGCGGAAGCAAAGGCUGCGUUCGACCCCGAGGAUUCGGAUAUUGACCUCGAGUCAGCCGAUGAAGAGGCCGAGGGGUCGGAUGAAGAAUAGUUUCGGGGCCUCGCGCCCCCUCUUUUAUUUUUGCAUAUUUGUUUUGAGGCCACUGUCCGAGCCUUUGUAAAUCUACUUUAUAUAUGAAUGAAUCGAAAUUUGUGUUUGAUUUUUGCAAAGUAUUUCCACGUUUC